GAAGUCUGAAUAACAUUUAAAUAGUUUUGUGUGUUAACAAUGAACAAACUUGUUUUAAUAUUGACUUUAAUUUAUUUGAAUAAACAUGUGUCUGCGAAGAAGAUCGAGUGUGGUUACAAGCAAUGCCCCCAGACCAGAGAGGGGGCGCUGAACGUGCAUCUCAUCGCGCACUCACACAUGGACGCCGGCUGGGUGAAGACAUACGACCAGUAUUACUACGGAUCGAAACCAACAAUCAGUACAGCAAACGUCCAGCUCAUCUUCCACUCUGUCCUCUCGGAACUGCUUCACGACAAACGGAGAAAAUUCACGUUUUCGGAGGUGAGCUACUUCUGGCGAUGGUGGAAAGAGCAGCGGCCAGCAACGAGGACCACCUUCCGAGGUUUAGUUCAGGAGGGCCGCGUAGAGUUCGCCGGCGGAGGCUGGGUCCAGGGGGAUGAGGCCACGACGGACUAUCUGAUGAUACUUGACCAGUUCACCUGGGGACUCAGAAAGAUGAAUGACACCCUCGGUCCCUGCGGCAAGCCGAAGGCCGCCUGGCAGAUCGACACAUACGGCCACACCAGGGAGCACGCCUCGCUAUUGGCUCAAAUGGGCUACGAUGGACUCUUCAUAGGUAGAGUGAAUCACAAAGACAGAGAGUCCAUGUUAGAGGAAGAAAGAAUGGAGUUCAUGUGGAGAGGGAGCGAUGUUCUAGGCAAGAUGUCGGACAUAAUGACGCACACACUGUACAAUCUAUACAACGCGCCGGACGGGUUCUGCUUCGAUUUCCUCUGCAACGAGGAACCGAUCAUCGACGACCCUGACAGCAAAGCAUACAACGCUGAGAAACGGGUCAACGACUUCAUAACUCAAAUCGAGCACCAAGCGAAGUACUACGAACACGACAAUAUCAUGGUGACCAUGGGUGGAGAUUUCACAUACCAGAGUGCUGCCAAUUGGUUCAUGAGUAUGGACAAACUCAUCAACCACGUGAACACACAUCCAGCCAAUAUGUCGGACAUCAACAUCUUCUAUUCGUCGCCGUCUUGCUACCUGAAGGCGCUGUACUUGAAUGGGAGGAGGGACAAAGCCAUUUAUACUGAAAAGGGUGAUCACCUGCCGUACGGUAGCGACUCGAGCACGUACUGGACAGGGUUCUACACGUCUCGGCCCAGCAUCAAGUAUCUCACAAGAAAGACGCACAUUUUUCUUCAGAUAGCGAAGCAGCUGACAGUCCUCGCUCGCAUGGGGGAUUCAUACGAACUGCAUCUACUUCGACACGCGCUCGGGCUCAUGAUGCACCAUGAUGCCAUAACAGGCACGAGUCAGCAGCACGUGGCAAACGACUUCGUAAAAAUGCUGAGCGAAGCUUUCGUCGCGUGUGCGAAAAAGGUUUCUACUUUACUGAGCUACCUGACACCGACGUGGGCCGGCACCCGGCGGUCGAAAAGCAACCAGCAAUUCAACACGUGUUAUCAAAUCAACAUGAGUCAAUGCCCGUUUGUCGAGGGUCAAGAGAGCCUACUCCUCCUAGUAUACAACCCUCAGAGCGUGAAGACAUAUCACUACGUCCGCCUACCAGCUAUAGCUCUACACUAUGUCGUCAGGAACGCUUAUGAUGAGGAGUUGGAGUAUCAGCUCUCCCCACUGGCUCCCGCAGUUACCAACCUGCCGGGGCGAACCGCCACCACCAACCACGAGCUGGUCUUCGAAGCGGAAAACGUCCCACCCCUGGGCUUCGCAUCCUUCUACGUCACGGCCAUCAAGGAUCCUCUGGGAGAUUUAGACUACAUGAAGAAUAAGAAAUUAGGCCCCGACCCUGAAUUGUUCACGCAAAUCUCCAAUGAGUAUCUGAAGGUAACUAUCAACAAGCAGACGGGCUUACUGGAAUCCAUUCAGCACGUGAGCGGCGCGAAGGUCCAGGUCUCCCAGAACUUCUACUACUACGGGCAGACCAGAGGAAGUCUGCAGUCAGGAGCUUACAGCUUCCGGCCUGAUCAGCGACCAACACCUAUCGCAGAAAAAGCAACAUACAACACGAUCCGCGGAGCCCUGGUGAAGGAGAUCCACCAGCGCUUCUCAAGUUGGGCCUCGCAGACCCUGCGGCUGUAUCGAGGGGAGGAGUACCUCGAGCUCGACUGGGUCAUAGGACCAGUGCCCAUCAGUUGGGCCUCGCAGACCCUGCGGCUGUAUCGAGGGGAGGAGUACCUCGAGCUCGACUGGGUUAUAGGACCAGUGCCCAUCAGUUGGGCCUCGCAGACCCUGCGGCUGUAUCGAGGGGAGGAGUACCUCGAGCUCGACUGGGUUAUAGGACCAGUGCCCAUCAGGACCAGUGCCCAUCAGGUACUAAGGCUUGAACAAGAUGGGACCCUCGUGACCCACCAGCGCUUCUCCAGUUGGGCCUCGCAGACCCUGCGGCUGUAUCGAGGGGAGGAGUACCUCGAGCUCGACUGGGUUAUAGGACCAGUGCCCAUCAGGACCAGUGCCCAUCAGGUACUAAGGCUUGAACAAGAUGGGACCCUCGUGACCCACCAGCGCUUCUCCAGUUGGGCCUCGAAGACCCUGCGGCUGUAUCGAGGGGAGGAGUACCUCGAGCUUGACUGGGUUAUAGGACCAGUGCCCAUCAGCACAGACCUGGGGAAGGAAGUGGUGUCCAUCUUCACGAGCAACAUCAGCAACCGCGGGGAGUUCUACACCGACUCCAACACCCGACAGAUGAUGAAGAGGAGCUGCAGGAACGAGUCUGCUGGACAAGUCGUUAAAAAGCCCGUGGCGUCGUGUUACUAUCCGGUCACGUCCCGGCUGUGUAUUCAGGCAUUCAACGAUAGCACAGGAAUGUGUAUUUUGACCGAUAGGACUCAGGGCGGGACUUCAUACGACGACGGGGAUAUAGAACUCAUGGUCCACAGAAGACUCCUGACUGACGAUGGCUUCGGUUUGGACGAGACCCUAAACGAGGAAGAGCACGGUUCAGGGCUGGUGGUCCGCGGGCAGCAUCGGCUGUUCCUCGGCAAACAUAAGCAGGACGGAGAAGAGCUUCCGUUCCAAGAGAGAGCGAGCUACGUAGCUCGUCACUGGCUGUGGGAGCCGUGGGUCUUCGCAGCGGCAGCUGACAAGUUGAACAGGAGAAAAUGGCAGAGCAUGAGAAAUAAGCGGAGGAAGAACUCGCGUUCCAAGAGUGAACCAUGUGGCAGCUGGCUGUGGGAGCCGUGGGUCUUCGCAGCGGCAGCUGACAAGUUGAACAGGAGAAAAUGGCAGAGCAUGAGGAAUAAGCGGAGGAAGAACUCGCGUUCCAAGAGUGAACCAUGUGGCAGCUGGCUGUGGGAGCCGUGGGCCUUCGCAGCGGCAGCUGACAAGUUGAACAGGAGAAAAUGGCAGAGCAUGAGGAAUAAGCGGAGGAAGAACUCGCGUUCCAAGAGUGAACCAUGUGGCAGCUGGCUGUGGGAGCCGUGGGUCUUCGCAGCGGCAGCUGACAAGUUGAACAGGAGAAAAUGGCAGAGCAUGAGGAAUAAGCGGUUCUCGGCGCUGCGCGUCCACGGGCUGCCUCGACACGUUCGGAUACUGACCCUGGAGCCGUGGAAGGCAGGCUCCGUGCUGCUCCGACUUGAGAACACCUUGGAGAAGAACGAUAGAACCACUCAAAGACUGGAGUUACCGGAUGACACGCCGCUGCCGACGCACAUCAACGUGGAACUCAGAAAACUAUUUCAGCAUCUUAAAAUCAAGUCGGUGAGAGAGACUACGCUAGCAGCGAAUCAGUGGUUAGAGGAAGCUCGGCAGAUGGACUGGAGUACCAGAUACGUGUACACCGGCGGUGAGGACGGUAUUUUGUCUGAAGACGUAGAUUACGUAGAAGAUGAGAAAUCUGUACAUAAGGAUUCAGAAGCUGAGCCAGAACAAGAUUCCGACUACUCCGCUAAAAGAAACGAGCGACGCAACAAACACAAAAGAACGACAAGAUAUGAAAACAGAAGGAAACGAGCCAUCAACAUAUCUGAAAACUUCGUUGAUAAUGACUUUACCGCUGGUUCCGAAGCUAAAGAAAUUACUACAGAAGCUGAUGAACAAAUAGAUGAAUCUGAUUUUAACGAUUCUAUAUUUUUUAUUAAUGUCACUGGUGUAGACGAAGAAACCAAAGAGCUGACAGCAGAAGUUAAUUUUGAAGAAAUAGAUGUGUCUAUAAAUAAAACUGAUGAUUCUAAGUAUUUUGUAUUUGGAGAUAACUCUGGACUGGCCACAGAGAAAACGGUGAAGAGAAGAAAGUUUUCAAGUGAAUUGAAGACUUCGGAUUCUUUUGAAGAUGUAUCAUCGAUACGGUCGAGUCGAAAGGAUGGCCUGAAACGUCCAGCAGAACAUAUCGAUAUCAACCCCGAUGAAACGGAUGAUGGGGUCACAAAGUCAAUGUACGAGAUGUAUUACAAGAAAAAAACUAUAGUCAAACUCAAGAAGAAUUUCAAGAAGGCGGUCAAAUCUCGACCACGUUGGCAAAAGAGAUCGAAAAAGAUUAGCGAAGAUAAGGAAUCAACUGUACAUAAAGACGACGAAAUGAAGCCGAUUGCACCUUACGGGUCAAGAGCGUACAUGUACGAAAGUGGAGAAGAGAAACAGAGCGGAGAUGAAGUUGAGGACGUGAAUAUGGAACCAGCUCGGAUGCGCACGCGUCGGCAAAGAGAAGCAGGAAGGAGAAAAAGAGCGACGGGCCGCACAGCCCUGCCCCGGGAGGACCCGGAGUUCGUGAUCACUUUACGCCCCACACAGAUCCGUACCUUCAUCAUACGCUUCGAGAGUUCCAAAACCAACUAUGUUAUCUAGACUAACCAAGAAUAAGCCUGUUACCAGUUGGUACUGGUUGAACCAGUGGUUCCGUUGAUUUAAGUGGGCGGAAUGUUAAAACCAUACACCUGCGAAGAAUGUAGCCUCGUACUAAUGGAUAUUACGCGAAACUCAGCGUAGGGGGCGCCACUACAACAAUAUGAGGGUCUAUCGCGUAACAAGAAAAUCGAAAUUUCGUUAUCUAACAUCUCUGUCACUCUUGCGUAUUUGUUUACAACCGUCUGCCACCACAUGUCACAGAAGCGCCACUAAUUAGAUUUAAAUUAAAACGGUAGCUUAUCGAGCACACUUUCUACAGUUUUGCAGAUUUUAUUAAUUAGGUAAUUACCUAAUGUUAUUGUAGGUAUACUUUUAUUUGACAUUGUAUUGAUAACGCUAAUUGUAAUUUAAUUGUAAAUUUUUAUUUUUUUAUUUUUAAUGUAAAUUGUAAUAAUGCUAAUUUUAAUUUAAUUGUUUCUUUUAUGUAAUUAUAAAAAACGACGUAAUAUAAAUUAUUAUGAAUUUACAAAUAUGAACAUGAGCGAUAAAGAGGCAGAUAGCGAAAUUUCUUAUUCGCGUUUCCCGGUAGGCCCUCUGUAAACAAACCGCCUUGAUGCAUCAAUGUCAUAUUUUAUUAUCUCUGAAAACUUGUC